GUCAAAAUAAGUUGCCAAAACUCAAAAGUAAGAUGAUAGCUCAAUAACAGCUGUUUUGAGUGUUAUUAAUCAGUGGAUACGUGGUAAAUAAUUAUUUACAUCGGAAGUAGAACUUACUUUUGUUUCGUAGGUCAUGAUAUACUUCAGUAGUUUUAGACUUAAUUAAAAAAUGAAACAAAGAUGGUGUUUUCCAGGUCGCGAUCUUCACAUAGUGGGAAUGACUUAAUUGAAAAUAUGAACGGGUAUAAAGACGAUAACGAAUAUAAGAAUGAAGUUCAACUGUACAGAAUAAAACCUCAAGACCACUUCAUUGAAGCUCAAGUCCAAGAAGGCGAUACGUUACAGGCGAUUGCAUUACGGUUUUAUUGUUCUAUUUCAGAAUUGAAAAGGAUUAACAAUAUUCAUAAAGACAAUGAAAUCCAUGCAAGAAGAACCAUCAAAGUGCCCGUCACUCCUUACUCUGUGCUCACAGAACUCAUACCAGCACAGCAGACGCCUGAGCCCACGCCAUCAACAUCUAGCCAUAUAUCCACUAGUCUAAAUAUGAAUAAUCUCCUUCAGGACCCUGUACAGAACAGAUUGUUACCCACAAAUUUGGAUACCAGUCCAAAGAAAGUAGAAUCUAAGGAUGGCGACUACUCUAUCGAUUGUAACACUGUCGUUCUAAACAGUACUCUCACGCCUUUGGUUGUGCCUUAUACAGAUUCAGAGCAAAACGAAAGUAUCUCGGAAGAUACAAAACUUUUACCAAACAAACAAAAAGUGCCAGUUGAAGCGGUCGUGGUUAAAGAGUUGACUUCGCACGGUGCAGAUUUCGGUUUGAAAUGGUUUCAUCUGUUGUGUUUCGUUCUGGUCCUAGGAUUUGCCGCCCCUUUAAUAUAUGUCAUGUUUUAUUUGGACAAACCGGAACAUUCAGAAGUACCGCCGCUACAUCCCACAUGAUCCAUCCCCACAAGCAUCAUCUGAACAAACGGCUUUAAGUUCCGCCGAUAUUUUGAUACUAUUUUUAUAUAUUAUAUUAUACAUAUUAAAUAUCUAAGGGACUGAUGUGAUCUAUGAAUAUGGAUAUAUAUAUAUAUUAUAAGCAAAAAACUUUUUCUUUCAACAAAAAUUUCCACUUUCUGAUAAAGCAAGCUAUAAAAUUUGAAUAACAACAUUAUUAUUCACUAACAACUGUUUUGUUUUCGCUAUAUAAGAGUUUUAUUUCCAUUUUAAACCAAAUAAUACGAGACCUUGAUAUCACUCAGUAAACCUUAAGGAGCAAUGUGUAUAUAGAUUUUCGUAUUGACAAGUGUGUUAUAACACAAUCCCCAUGACAUAUCAAAACUUUUAAUACAUGUCUUAUUAACAUUUUCCAAUACAGUUCAGUUUCAAUGUGUUGCCAGAUGCCUCAAGUCAUCCUGAAGUACAUAUAAUUAGGGAUAUAGAAUAAAAAAAAUAUAAAUAUAUUCACAAAAUAAACCUUUAUUUUAUACUACAUUUGCUUAAAAAUAGAUCGAUGUAACAAAUCAUCAGUAAAUUAAAACAUUGCCAUUAAACACAAUCCUAGUUAAAUAUCUUUGUAUAAUUAUGAUAAAUGCAUUUCUCUUACAUCGUAAUAAACUUUCACCGGGUUGUGAUCGAACCCGUAAAUUGACGGUAAGUUUGUAUAAACAUCAUGCAUCCACUACACCGGCGGCGGUCCGCUCGUGAGCCUCCAGAGGUACUUAUAUAUUACCGUUGAGUCUGCGACUUAAAUAACUUAAAUUACUUUGUGU